CCCAGAAGUCAUGGGAGCACGAGGAUACCACAGCCCGCUUGGAUUCGUUAUCCCGAGACCACGAAAUAGCGAGGCGGUUGGGAAGAACCUUUUGAUGCCGUCUUCUCCAAGUCUCCUCUCUAUGCCACACGGCGAAGAAGCGAUUGCUUUGCGUGUGCCGAAGUUGGUAGGUGGAGAUUCUGGUUCGCAGGAGUAGAGGCGGUUGUUCGAUAAGGGAAAGGCGGGAUUUUUAUUUCGUCCUGGGUGGUUUCUUCUUGGCGUCGAUUUCCUCGGAGAGAACCCCUCGCUCUAGCCGAAAGAUUCAGUCCUCGCGGAGAAGGAAGACGAAAAAUCUAAGAUAAGUUUUGAUCCCGCACUUGCCUGAAGCUCUUUUCUAAAUUUCUGUAGGAAUAGUUUGGUUUCUGGGUGCAAGUUUAGGUUUUCAUUGGCGGGUAGGGAGUUUGAAGCAAAUCUUAUUGAGGGCUGUUAUAUUAGUUGGAGAAUCUUUGAGGGCUGUUCUAGUGAAUUAGAGAGAGAAAGAUGAGAUCUUUGAUGCGGGAUUAAGGUUUCAUAGCUAUUCGAUUGUGGAAAACUAGCUGUUGUGACCAAGUCCCUUUUUUUCUGCUUUCUCAUAGUACUUACUCUCUUUAUCCUUGAUCCUGAUUUGUUUGUUCUCCGAAACUUUUGCGCCUCACUGAUCAUCGAUUUGGAGUCGAAAAAAAGAUCUUUGAUUCUACUGGUGAACAAGUCUCGGAGGUUGCCUUUCUUUCCGAGAUAGGGGAAUGUAAUCUUGCCGUCGAGGCAUCUCCCAAGUAUAGUAAAUCCCUUCCAAGAGAAGCUAGGUAGUUUGAAGUCUUGAAUAAAUUGGAGUUGGCUUGUAAUUCUGAGUUUGGAGCCCAACUUCCUCACAGCCUAGGAGAUUUCUGACAGGGUAAGGAAGGCGAUGGAGAAGAAAGACAUCAUAUCGGAUGACAGUGCCGUUGUUUCACUGCAGGAAGUAGUGAUUCUGAAAGAAAGGUCAAAGAAGAAGAAGAAGAAGAAGAGCCGCAAGGCACAGGAGAAGGCGAUGACAGAGAAGCAUGUUGAAGUUAAGGAAGAACCUAUAAGGGUAGUGAAGUUAGUCUUAGGGGAUGAUAUAAGAUGGGCCCAAAUACCAGCUGAUUGCAGCAUGAUACAUCUGAGAGAGACUGUUGGUAAAAAAUUCCCUAAUUUAAAGGCCAUCCUUAUCAAGUACAAGGACAAAGAGGAUGACUUGGUGACGAUCACUACAUCUGAAGAGCUAAGGUGGGCUGAAGAAUCUGCAGAUCCUCAGGGUUCACUCAGGCUUUAUCUAACAGAAGUUAGUCCUGAGAAUGAACCAUGGCUUGCAGACAUAGAAACUAGUUCUUCAUUGAAAGGGCAGGGAAGAAAUUAUGUUGACAUUUCAGAAAAUGGAAGCGGAAAUUCUGACGAGAAGAGCUUGUCAACUUACAUUGAUGACUGGAUCGUGCAGUUUGCUCAGUUAUUCAAGAACCAGUUGGGUUUCAGUUCUGAUGCAUAUCUGAACCUUCAUGAGCUUGGUAUCAAGCUGUACUCUGAGGCAAUAGAAGAUACUGUCACGAGUGAAGAAGCCCAAGAAAUUCUUAAACUUGCUGAGGGGAAAUUUCAAGAGAUGGUGGCUCUUGCAUUGUUUAAUUGGGGAAAUGUUCAUAUGUCUCGAGCAAGGAAAAAGUUGUUCUUGUCAGAAGAUGCCUCCAAGGAAUCUGUACUUGAAAGGGUCAAAGAGGCAUACAAGUGGGCUCAUGCUGAAUAUAUUAAGGCAGGCAAGAGAUAUGAAGAAGCCUUGAAAACUAAUCCUGACUUCUAUGAAGGGCAUUUUGCACUAGCUCAGCAACAGUUUGAGCAAGCAAAGCUUUCUUGGUAUUAUGCUAUUGGAAGCAACAUAGACUUAGAUGUUUGGCCUUCGGCAGAAGUCUUUGGGUUAUUCAAUGAUGCCGAGUAUAACAUGGAAAAGGGCACGGAGAUGUGGGAAAAGAUGGAAGAGCUGCAAUUGAAGGAAUUGACCCAGCCUAGAGAAUUAAGAGGCCUCUUGGAGAAGAUGGGUAUGAAUGGUUAUUUCAAAGAGCUGCCAACAGAAGCAGCAACGGAACAGACAUCUAACAUGAGAUCUCAGAUAAACAUGCUAUGGGGCUCUAUGCUCUCUGAGCGUUCUGCUGUGGAAUUCAAACUAGGUCUUCCCACGUGGGAAGGGUGUCUCAUGGCAGCUGUGGAAAAAUUGAAACUUGCAGGAGUUUCCUCAGCUAAUGUUGCUGUUAUUAUAAGAAACCACUGUGCCAAUGCAACUGCCCAAGAAGGGUUUUCCCUUAAGAUUGAUGAGGUGGUUCAGGCAUGGAAUGAGAUGUAUGAUGCUAAAAGGGGGAUGGAUGGUUUGCCAUCUUUUCGACUUGAGCCAUUGUUUCACCAGAAGGCUCCAAAUUUGUAUCGUAUGAUGGAAAAUAUAUGAUACAUAUCUACCAGCGUCUGUCAAAAAAUACAUGAGAUCAAUGAAAGCCUUUUGUCUUUCUGUCAUCUAAGAUUUUUUCUGCAUGGAUGGAGAUCAUAAUUUGGAGGACACAAUUGACUCGAUACUUUUUGGUCACACAAAAAUUACAUCAUUGAUUGUAUUUGUUGCAACCAUCAUUUGUUCUUUGGAUAUGUUAUAGAAAGUUCUUUCCUUUUGGCCUUCGAAGGACAGUGUGUGUGAUAGUUUUUGUCAAUGGAAGCUUAUGCCUUGUACUUAAACAAGUUCUGGUAUGAUCAUCUGUAAUUGUUUGAGAGUUGAAUAGCAGAUUGUUUUUUGUCAA